UUAGGGCAAGUUUCAGACGACACAGUCUGCUUCGACACUCCGCAGGGCGCAGCCUCCGCUAUCGCCUCAGGUGACAAGAUUGUGUCAAUGUUUGAAGCAUUUCUCUGAAGAAUAGGUAGAAGAAAUUGGAGGGAAUGUUUGGAGAUGCUCAUGAACAGGUGGUUGUGUAGGCGUUUCUUCUGCACAGCUUCUUCUCCACAGCCGUGGCUCUUCGUGGGCUUGGGCAACCCAGGCGAUAAAUACAGAGGAACAAGACACAAUGUAGGGUUCGGCAUGAUUGAUGCGUUUGCUCAAUCGCAAGGGAUUUCAAUGGACACAGUUCACUGCAAAGCUCUUUUCGGACAAGGUUUUGUUGGUGAUGUUCCUGUUCUCCUUGCAAAGCCACAAACAUACAUGAAUUUGAGUGGUGAAUCUAGUGGCCCACUUGCAGCUUACUAUAAGCUACCUCUCAAUCGUGUGGUUGUGUUUCAUGAUGAUAUGAAUUUGCCAUGUGGGGUGCUUCGUCUUCAUCACGAAGGAGGUCAUGGUAGCCAUAAGGGGCUGAAGAGUGUAAUCUAUCAUUUCCGAGGGAACAAAGAAUUUGCGCGUCUAAGAAUCGGUAUUGGAAGGCCUCCUGGUCAAAUGGACCCCAAAGCAUUCUUGCUCCAGAGGUUCAAUGCAACAGCUCAAGAACGAAUUGAUACCGCUUUACAGGAGGGUGUUGGUGUGUUGAAUACCCUUAUUUCCAAAGGCUUGUCAGAGAGUGCAAGAUGCUUCAAUAUGCAGCAAAAGUACAAGCAUAUAAGAUUGCAGACCAUGCCAACCUGACCAGCAUGAGAAUCAAUUUUCUGAGAUGAAAUUGCUGGAGGAGUGUAUAAGUGGGGGUAUUUUAUCUUCUAUUCAUUAUGCAACAAUGUGGUAUGCCCAGAAGAUGAUUUUUCUAUACACUCGUGAUGGUACGAGUAUGCUAACUAGGUGAACAAAUGUUAUAACCCACAUGAUCCAGUUUUACAUUUCACAUCCGUGCUUUGAAUGCAGACUCAAUACUAAAUGAGUUAUUGUUUGUAGAUAUAAAAGUUGAUAAAAUUUUGCCUUCAUGACUAAACUUUGCUCCCCUUAGUCAUGGUGUAUAAGAUUUUAAGGUAGAUGUUGAUUGAAAAUAUCGGUGAAAGGGUGCCAUACAUUUCUUUAUUUGGUACCACAUUAAGCAUUACUGACAUUAUUGGUCUGAUUGUGCGGCCCCUUUGGUUGUUGCCUGCAUUACUCAUUGAUCUUGACGGGCGGGGUCAUUUCUUCUUGUGGAAGUUGCAUAAUGUGAAAUAUGCUUUAGGCCUCGGGAUAAUUUGAUAUUUUGAUUGCUACAAUAGUUGUAAUUUAGCAUUGUGCAGAGUCACCGACCUUCGCAUUAGAAGGGUGUAUGGUUUGAUAUCAAAUGAAAAUUUCCAGAAUUGUUUGCA